CGGGGUUGGGGAAGGUGGACGUCACAUUUUAGAUACAAAUACCUUAAUUUCUGAAACAUACAGUCUUUAGCGAGCAUGUACAUUUUUUCAUUGCUACAGGCCAAAUUCUGAGACGUAUUUGAAACGAUGAAAAGGCCUAAAAGUUUACUAGAUUUGCUGAAAAUGAAGAUGUAAACAAACUUCAGGAAUGUAGGAUAUGACGGACAUGCCGAACAGUGAUGCCAUUUCACAAUUAAAAAAACAGCAACAUAUAUUUCAUACAUAUCCCACCUUCUUGUGUGGACAAUGGACUCCCAACCAGGACCGCAGCCGGCUACGGUUCCGGCUACGACUGUAAUUGUAGUCGAACGGAACCGGGGAACCUCAUACCCCCCUUAUAUGCAGAGGGGGACAAAGAUGUUUGGCAUGGUCGUUCGGGCUGGAUGCAUAACAGUUUUCCUUAUACUUGGCGUCCUAUUCCUUCUGCUUGGAAUUUUACCGAUAGAGGCCAUCUUUUUAGGCGAUAUGUAUGCCAUACCGAUUCCAAUCUUGAUCUUUUUGUGGUCUUUGGGAGUCUUCCUGAUCUACUGUUACAUAAAGGCGAGGAGGAAAUCAUUGCGAGAGUUCAAUGCUCUUCCAGAUGACCACCCUGACCGUUUAAAGUACAGCAAUGUAUAUGUGCCCGGCUCUGCACCCGAGCAGUACCCAGUGACCAACGUCUACCACUUCCCCGCCAACGCACAAGGCCAAAGUGGCGGACAAGCUGCAGCAAUGGUGUCAGGGCAUACGUUACCCCCAGCUAAUCGACCGGGGCAGCAUGCAUCACCGCAGAGGAACCUUCCACGCUCAAAGGAGGACACACAUCCUCGAGGUUCUUUUCCAGUUCCACAAGGUCCCUCUGCUCCUCCAUUACAAGAGCUCGAGAGGAAAUUCAGCGAUGACCCACCGCCGUAUUCGGAAAUUUAAAAGGGUUUUAAAUGUCGUUAAUAAGCAUUAAUAAGCAUUUUGUGAUAUAUAUUUUUUUAUGACGGAUGAAAAUUAGCAUUAGCCCUAUGUAUACAAAGUGUGUUGGUUAUCUGUUUAUUCCAAACGAACUUUACUACAUCAAACAGUUAUUGUGAAAACUUAAAGCAAUGAAUAUAUUACCAAGAGCGAAAGAGAGAGAGAAGGAAAAUGAGUGAAAAUAAUGAAAUUCGUUUGAACAAUCCAACUCUUCAUUUCAACCUGUAUAUACCUUCCUCAAGUGAAAUUGGGGCGCGCCUUCAACUAACCAAGCGCCAAAGGCCAUUCUGCACCUCGUUCAGGUAUGAGUGAGCAUCGCGCCAACACAAACUUUUUCUUACAUGCACCGGGCAGUCAGUCCACAAUCAAAUUAAAGGUUCUAUCUGCCUGAAUGUUACCUCUAGCAAUGUUACUUUUCGCAUAAAUACAAGUAUUUGG